AUGGCUUUUGCGAACCAUAAAGACAAGGGGACGGCCACCGAUGUUUCAGACACUCUAGGUCUGAAGACCGAGGGCCCCCAUGAUGUCCAGGAGGGUGUGAUGGCUGAUAAUGCCGACAACCUCCAGCGUCAUCUUGGGAACCGUCAGAUCCAACUCAUUGCCAUUGGUGGUUCCAUUGGAACGGCUCUGUUUGUUAGUAUUGGAACAGGUCUAUACCACGGCGGCGCUGGAAGCUUGUUCCUGGCUUACAGCAUCCAAAGUAUUUUCCUGGCCAUGAUCAAUAACUGCCUUGCCGAGAUGAGUACCGCUUACCCCGUGAGUGGAGGGUUUAUUCGUUUGGCUGGCAAAUGGGUCGACGAUGCGCUCGGCUUCAUGGUCGGCUGGAACUUCUUCUUCUAUGAGGCGCUCUUGAUUCCAUUCGAGAUUUCUGCGUUUACACUGGUUCUUUCUUUCUGGAGUGAGAAGGUCACUGAACCUGGCCCCGUUGCGGGCAUCUGUGCUGGUAUUAUUUUGUGCUACGGCUUCCUGAACAUGUUGGCAGUCCGAGCCUACGGUGAAGCCGAGUUUUGGCUCUCUGGUGGCAAGGUCGUCCUGAUCUUCUCGCUAUUUUUCUUUACCUUCAUCACCAUGGUCGGUGGAAAUCCGCAACAUGAUGCUUAUGGGUUCAGAAACUGGAACACCCCAGGCGCGUUUAUGGAAUACCUCGACACUGGGGCUCUUGGCCGUUUUGAAGGUUUCUUGGGAGCUCUGUGGUCCGCUUGCUUUACCGUCGUCGGACCCGAGUAUAUUUCCAUGGUCGCUGCCGAAGCCAAACGCCCUCGCAUUUACAUCAAGAAUGCUUUCAAGACGGUUUAUCUCCGAUUCGGAAUCUUCUUCGUUGGUGGCGCUCUGGCCGUGGGCAUUGUUUGCUCUCCCAGGGACCCGGCAUUGACCAAGGUGGUAAUGGGAGAGACCAGUGGAUCUUCUGCAGCCGCCUCGCCAUAUGUAAUUGGCAUGCAGAAUUUGGGAAUUGCAGUCUUCCCUUCCAUUGUCAACGCCCUCCUCCUGACUUCAAUCUUCUCGGCCGGUAACACCUACACUUACUGUGCCAUUCGUACCCUCUACGGCCUUGCACUGGAAGGAAGAGCCCCACGAAUUCUCACCUACACCACUCGCCAGGGUGUACCUAUCUACUGCUUUGCAAUUGUCAUGAUCUUCCCGAUUCUGUCCUUCUUGCAAGUUUCAAACAGCUCUUCCAUCGUCAUUACUUGGUUUGCCAAUCUUGUCACAGCUGGAGGUUUGAUCAAUUAUAUCGUGAUCUCUCUGACAUAUAUCUUCUUCCAUCGCGCAUGCAAAGCACAGGGCGUCGAUCGCAGUUCUUUCUCCUACUUUGCCCGCCUUCAACCCUUCUGCGCAUAUGCCGCAUUUAUCUGGAUGAUUUUGGUGACCAUUCUCUAUGGAUAUCCCGCGUAUAAGCCAUGGAAUGUCUCCACGUUCUGGUCAGACUACACCAUGCAGAUCGUGAUCCCUCCCCUUUUCCUCAUCUGGAAGCUCAUCAAGAAGACCAAGUUUGUCAAGCCUCACGAGGCUGAUCUGGUUUGGGAGCGGCCACUUAUUGAUGCAUACGAGGCCAGCUUCAUGGAUCCCCCUGUCGGCUUCUGGAGGGAAGUUGGCCAAAUGGUCGGUUUCCGGCGGGUCAAAGGUGGCAAUGAUAAGCGUCGUGCUUCGAUUGCCCAACCUACUUCCAAUGGCGUUGAGGAAGGUGCCUUGUCGUGA